AUGAAUCGACAACGAGAGGCCGAAAAGGCCCUGCAUGACCAAACAAAUAUUCUCCCCUUCGCGCAGCUCAUGGUUGUCUUCACGGGUCUAGCAAUUUCUUUGCUGAUUUGCAUGGUUGACCAGAAUGGCAUCAGUGUCACACUACCAACAAUCUCACGCGAACUGGGUGCCCAGAAUACAAUCUCCUGGGCUGGAACCUCAUCGCUAAUUGCAAACACCAUGUUCACGGUGCUUUACGGCCGACUGUCAGAUAUCUUUGGCCGGAAAAUCAUGUACAUCUCCGCAUUAGUCUUGCUCUGUAUUGCAGACUUGCUUUGUGGCUUGUCCCAGAACCCGGCUAUGUUUUAUGUUUUCCGAGGCUUGGCUGGUGUUGCUGGUGGUGGUGUUACCUCUUUAACGAUGAUCAUUGUCUCCGAUAUCGUGACCUUGGAAAAGCGAGGCAAGUACCAGGGUAUUCUAGGUGCGUCUCUGGGUAUUGGCAAUAUCAUUGGACCAUUUCUGGGUGCUGCAUUCAUCAUGCGUUCAACGUGGCGCGGCUUUUUCUGGUUGAUUUCUCCAUUGGCUGCUUGCUCUGCAGUCGUUGGAUACUUCCUUAUUCCGAAUAAUGCACGCAAAGAUAGCUUCCGGGAAAACAUUGGCCGCAUCGACUGGUUCGGAUUGCUUGCAUCGUCCAUUGGUAUCAUUUUCCUCUUGAUUCCUAUCUCGGGAGGUGGAUCGUAUUUCCCCUGGGAUUCACCGAUGGUCAUCAGUAUGCUCGUUAUCGGAGGUUGUUCACUCGUUUCAUUUUUGCUCAUUGAAUGGAAGGUGGCUACACUUCCGAUGCUACCAGUGGUCUUCUUCCAAAAUAAGGUCGUCUCUGCAAUCUUCUUACAGAGCUUUCUGUAUGGUGCAGUUUACCAGGCAAGUCUUUAUUACCUGCCAUUGUACUACCAGAAUGCCCGUGGCUGGUCGCCAAUAGCCUCUGCGGCCAUGACAUGUCCUAUGGUUGCGGCCCAGUCAAUCUUCUCAAUCACAUCCGGACAGUACAUCUCACGAGUAAAGCGCUAUGGCGAAAUCAUAUGGAUUGGAUUUGGCUUGUGGACCCUAGGGUCGGGCCUCACGUUAUUAUUCGGUACCCACACCCAUCCGGCCGUUAUUGCAGUCAUUGUGGCAGUCAUGGGCGCCGGAAUUGGCUUCACAUUCCAGCCUACUCUCGUGGCCCUACAAGCCCAUUGCACCAAGUCCCAAAGAGCAGUCGUGAUCGCAAAUCGUAACUUCUUCCGCUGCAUUGGUGGUUCAUGUGGUCUCGCUAUCUCCGCAGCAAUUUUGCAAGCUACUCUUCGUUCUAAUCUACCAACCAAGUUCGCGUACCUGGCGGACUCUUCAUACUCGCUUCCCUCAAGAGCGAACCUCAGUGCAACUGAGUGGGCUUCAAUCCUGCUUUCUUACAGCAGGGCUUCCCAUGCAGUAUUCGUUCUGCAGGUCCCUCUCAUCGGCAUGUGCUUCCUGGCAUGCAUUUUCGUGCGUGACAGAGGUCUGGAGCGACCAAAGGAGCCGGAAGAGAUUGAAGAGGAAAAGCGGAAAGACAAAGAGAGGGAUACCGAGGCGGCUGCUUCUGAAUAA